CCUGCCCGGAGCUCCGGGGGCGGAGAGCGGGGCCAUGGCCGGCCGGAACCCGGGCACCGAGCUGGAACUUGGCAGGAUCUCAAAAGUGUAUGUGAAUCGACCUGCAGUGGUGAGGCAUGCAGAACAAAUUAAAAAAUGGAAAACUCUGAAAGGUAAUUGGCAAGCAGCCUGGCUGCUGAAAGCUGUCACCUGCAUAGACCUCACCACUCUCUCAGGUGAUGAUACUCCGUCAAACGUUCAAAGGCUGUGUUUUAAAGCAAAGCACCCCAUCAGAGAGGAUCUGCUCAAAGCCUUGGACAUGCAUGAUAAAGGUAUCACUGCUGCAGCAGUUUGUGUGUAUCCUGCAAGAGUCUCUGAUGCUGUGGACACCCUCAAAGCUGCUGGUUGUAACAUACCAGUGGCUUCAGUGGCUGCUGGGUUUCCAGCUGGACAAACUCCUCUGGAGACCAAACUGGCUGAAAUAAGGCUGGCAGUGGAAUACGGGGCCCGAGAGAUUGACAUUGUCAUUAGCAGGAGUCUGGUGCUGACUGGCCAGUGGGAAGGUCUGUACGAGGAGAUCCGCCUGUGCCGUGCAGCCUGUGGAGAAGCUCACAUGAAAACAAUCUUGGCCACAGGUGAACUGGGCUCCUUUGCCAAUGUCUACAAAGCCAGUAUGAUAGCUAUGAUGGCAGGUUCUGAUUUCAUAAAGACAUCUACAGGAAAGGAGGUGGAAAACGCGACCUUUCCCGUUGGCAUAGUCAUGAUGAGAGCCAUUAAGGAGUACUACUGGCAAACUGGCUACAAGGUUGGAUUCAAACCUGCAGGAGGCAUUAGGACAGCCAAGGAAGCAAUUACCUGGCUCAUGCUGGUGAAGCAGGAGCUGGGAGUGGAGUGGCUGACCCCAGAGCUCUUCCGCCUGGGUGCCAGUAGUUUGCUGGGAGACAUUGAGCAGCAGAUUUUCUAUCAUGUGACUGGCUCUUAUCCACUUCAGCAUGAACUGGCAAUGGCUUAGACACAAAACCAACUCAGGAUUACUUUUACAAAAGAGGACUUUAAGCAAACAGCAUUCAGAAGUCUUCUGACAACCCAGUGCAUAUGAUAGAAUUAAAGGCCUAAUUCUCCCUUCUUCAUAGUUCAUGGUAUUUAAAAAUAUGCUCAAGUCUGCUGGUUGUACUUGAUCCAAAAGCAGGAAAAAAGUGGCAUUUCUGAAAUAGUUAAAUAGUUAAUACAUACAGAUUUGCAAAGUUAAUCUUGCAAAGUUCUUCAGACCAGCCUGAAAAGCUUAUUAAUGGCAACACUGAAAUACUAUGAAAAAGAUUUAGGUGGCCUGGUAACACUUUGCAUUCUCAGAAUAUGAAAUAUGUAUGGAAUGUUUCAGAUUGCUAAUUAAGAGCUACUGAUCUUGGAAUGGAUUUCCAUUCACCUCAGACAAAAUCUUCUGGCACAGAUGUGUUGCACUAUUAAUUCUUCUGUUGAUUCAGUCUCAGGCAUUGUAAGGGGAAAGAAGAAUGAAACUUGGCUAUUAUUUCUCUUUUAUCAAAUCUCU